AUGAAAGCAGCCAGCCUGUUAAUUUAUAUUUUACUCUUUACUAUCAUCUUCCGAACUAUUUCUUCCUCUCUCUCUCACUCUUCCCUUCUCUCCCCCCUAUCUUUCCCUCUCUCACAUCUCUCUCCCAUCUCUCCCCUCUCUCCCCCCUACCUCUCUCCCCACUCUGUCUUCACUCUCUCUCUUCACUCUCAUCCCUCUUUCCCUCUCUCUUACCGCUUCCCUUUCACCCUCUCUCUUCUCUCUCUCUCCUUUCUCCACGCUCUCUUUCCUUUCUCUCUUCUAUUUCCCCUCUCGCCCAUCUCUCUUCCCUCUCUCCCACUCAUUCACCUCUCUCUUCCCUUUCUCUCUUUCCCCUCUCUCACCUCUCUUUCUUCCCCCUCUCUUUCACCUCUCUGUCCCCUCCCCUCCCCUCUCUCUCUUCCCCCUUUCUCUUCCCUUUAUCUCUCUCCUCUCUCUUUCCCCUCCCUCUCUCUUCCCCAUUCUCUUCCCCAUCCCUCUCUCCUCUCUCUUCACUCUUUCUCGCCCCCUCUCUCUUACCUUAAUCUCUCCCCUCUCUCUACCCCCCCUCUCUCCCCUCUCUUUCCCUCCUUCUCUUCCCCUCCCCUAUAUCUUCCCACUCUUUCUCGUCUCUCGCCUCUCUCUUCCAUCUCUCUUUUCCCUAUCUCUCUUUUCUCUCUAUUCCCUCUCUCUCCUCUCUAUAUCUUCCUUCGCUCUCUCUCCCUUCUUUCUCCCUUAUCGCUCUCCCUUCUCUCAAUCCAAACUUCCUCCCUCUCUUUUCGCCCAUCCCUCUCCUCUAUCUCUUCACUCUCUUACCCUCCUCUCUCUCUCCACUCCUCUCUCUCCUCUCUCCAUCUUUUCCCUUUCUCUCGCCCUCCCAUCUCUCUCUCUCUUCCCUCUCUAUCCCUGUAA